CCACCAGACUUCCUUGUUAUUCUAAAACAAUGACUCCCUCCCAAAGCUUCUACUCCACCCCCUUUGGACCCCAUUAACCUAACCAUUUCACCCAGUGGAUCCAAAGCCUUAUGUGAAUUAUUGAGUUCUUUUAGUUGUUUCAGGUGACUCUGAAGAAAUUAGUCUUCAAGCCAUAGCCCUCCCCCACCCUCUCCCACCCUCUGCCAUUGUCCUUUACCUUAAAAGAGGCUACCAUUGUAGUUGUUAUUCUCCUUUUCAUCAAUCUUUGUCAAGAACAGGAUUAUUUUGUUAUAAUCCUCUCUUCUUCCAGUAAAUGCCUCUACCCUUCUUUGCUGCAAGUCCUUAGAUACAGUUCUUCCUUUUCUGAAAGUCCUUGGAUCCAUUUCUUCAAUGAAGCUUUAUUCCAUUGAAGUUCCAAUAUGGAAGGCAAAAUAUAUAACAAAUGGCCCAAAAAUUGCAGUCUUAGUAAUCGUAACCCUUGUCAUCCUAACCCUUAUCCCUAUGUAUUACCCAUUACCAGGCUAUGCUUCAAUUCCAUGGAAAAGUAGAUCUUCUUCACAGCAAUCAUCUUCAUCAUCAUCACCUGCAACUUCUUCUUCUGUGGAUGAUAAUGGAGAUUCAUCAGAGGGAAUCAGAUCAGAGAGGGAAUGUGAUAUUUUUAGUGGGGAAUGGGUUCCAAAUCCUAAGGCGCCGUAUUACACGAAUUUGACUUGUUGGGCGAUUCAUGAGCACCAGAAUUGCAUGAAAUAUGGAAGACCAGAUUCAGAUUUCAUGAAAUGGAGGUGGAAACCAGAUGAGUGUGAGUUACCCAUCUUCAACCCUUAUCAGUUCUUGGAUAUUGUUAGAGGGAAGUCCUUAGCAUUUGUUGGAGAUUCUGUGGCUAGAAACCAAAUGCAGUCCUUGAUGUGCCUCUUAUCCCGGGUGAUGUACCCUGAGGACGCAUCAUAUAUACCAGAUGAAGGUUUCAAACGCUGGUACUACACAGCCUACAACUUCACCCUCGCCACAUUCUUGACUCCUUACCUUGUUAAGGUAAAGGAAUCAGACCCAAACGGCCCGAUGGGCACAGGUCUCUUCAAUCUCUACCUUGACGAAUUCAAUGAAGAUUGGAGAACUCAAAUCGAACAAUUCGAUUAUGUGAUCAUAUCCGCCGGCCACUGGUUCCAACGCCCGAUGAUGUUCUACGAGAAGGGUCACCUUGUAGGCUGCCAUUUCUGCCAAAAAGAGAAUGUCACAGACCUUAACAUGUUCUAUGGUUAUAGAAAGGCUUUUAGGACAGCCUUCAAAGCCAUCCAAAGCUUACCAAACUAUAAGGGGAUUACAUUUCUUAGAACUAUUGCUCCUUCACACUUUGAAAAUGGUAUAUGGAAUCAGGGAGGGGAUUGUGUAAGGACAAAACCCUUUAAGAGCAAUGAAAGACAAUUAGAAGGAAGGGAGUUAGAGUACUAUAGGAUUCAAUUGGAGGAGUUCAGUAUUGCAGAGAGGGAAGGAAGGAAGAGAGGGCUGAGAUUUAGGUUGCUUGAUACCACUCAAGCAACAUUUUUGAGACCAGAUGGGCACCCUAGCCGUUAUGGGCAUUGGCCCCAUGAGAAUGUGACCUUGUAUAAUGACUGUGUUCACUGGUGUUUGCCUGGGCCCAUUGAUACUUGGAAUGAUUUCCUUCUUGAGAUGCUGAAGAGGAGAUAGGCUUCACACAAGUGAUAGGAAUAUGAAAAUCAGAUAAGGCUUGCAGCUCAUGGUCUGGCACUCUGGCUAGUGUUGGGAAGAAAACCUAUGCCAACUUUGGGUAAAGCUAGGUUAGGGUUUAGCAGAGAGCUUAGCAUAGGGGUUCAUCCAUUGUCUUGGGCGUGGCAUUUUGUGAAAAAGGCAAAGUUCACAACCCUUUUAAUGUCUUAUUAUAAUUGGCUCUCCCUUGGGAAAAUUAAACUUUCUUUGUAAAUUCUAGCCUCAUUUGCAGCAGGAACUUCUCUUUCAUAUUCAAUUGAUUUGCGUUUACAGUACC